CGGAAGCGCCAUUUUCUCUUCUUUUCUCUACAAUCGAGUAUUCCUAAGAUCAAAAUGGGUUUGUCUCCCCUUUGCUUUGUCUUUCUUGUGCUAAUGAUAAGCAGCAGUGAUUAUAUUGCUUCUUCAAUCGUCUAUGCAACUACUCCUGAUGGAUUUCUCCCAAAUGGGAACUUUGAAGAGGCACCAAAGCCAUCAAACAUGAAGAAUACAGUAAUAAUUGGUAAACAUUCUCUUCCUAAAUGGGAAAUCAAUGGCCUAGUAGAGUACAUAUCAGGUGGACCUCAACCGGGUGGCUUCUACUUCAACGUGCCACGUGGUGUACACGCGAUUAGGUUAGGGAAUGAGGCCUCUAUCUCCCAAGAUGUAGUACUACAGAAAAAUUCAUACUACUCAAUCACUUUUAGCACAACAAGAACAUGUGCACAAGAAGAGUCUAUUAGGGUUGCAGCCUCAGGAACCACAGUAGAUCUCCCUAUUCAAACAUUGUUUAGUGGUGAUGGAGGAGAUACUUAUGCUUGGGCUUUUAAGGCUACUUCUGAGAAUGUUAAGAUCACUUUGAAAAACCCUGGAAUUGAAGAGGAUCCAGCUUGUGGCCCACUCUUGGAUGCUAUUGCAAUUAAAGAGAUAUUGUUACCACACUACAUAGGAGGUAACCUAGUUAAAAACGGAGGGUUCGAAACUGGUCCAUAUGUAUUUGAGAAAUUCUCAACAGGAGUCCUCAUCCCUUCACACCCCCAUGACUCCGUCUCCUCACUCCCUGGUUGGAUCAUUGAAUCAGCGAGGCCUGUAAAGUUCAUCGACUCGAAACAUUUCUACGUACCCUCAGGAUCAUCUGCUAUUGAGCUCGUAGGAGGACGAGAAAGUGCCAUUGCUCAAAUUAUAUAUACCAAACCUAAUGUAUCAUACCUCCUUACUUUCAAGGUUGGUGACGCCAAAAAUAAUUGUCCUGGUUCAAUGGAAGUUGAAGCAUUUGCUGGUAAAGAAAAUGUUAAAGUACAUUUCAAUUCUGAAGCUAAAGGUGGAUUUACAACUGCUAGUCUCAAGUUUCAAGCAAUUUCUGAUAGAACAAGAAUUACAUUUUGGAGUGCAUAUUAUCACACUAGACUUGAUUAUGGCUAUAUGUGUGGUCCUGUAUUAGAUGAUGUUAAGGUUGUACACGAUAUGUACUAGUGUAAGUUGAUUAAAUUAGUAUCAUGUUGUUGAAUUUUAUUUGAUGAGGUUUAUUAUUGAUAAUGACUUGUAUGAAGUAUACCAAUAAAUUUAAUUGUGGUCGGAAAAAAAUAUAUAUUUUAAUUGAUAAAA